AUGGCCAACACAGACCGAGCCAUGAUGGAGCAGAUGGCGCGGCUAAAGCUUCGGCUGCUCGAGAAGGCGAGAGCCCCCCCCCCUCUCUCUGUGCUGUGUUCUCAGAAACUGGAGCAGGAGAGGGAGGGACGGGAGGACGGACUUAGCACGGCCACCUCCAGUGCUCGCAGUGACGGGGCUCAGGAGGCGCUCCACGGGGCCCUGAGGCGUCGCAAGGACCUGCUCCACCGCCUGCGGGAGCAGCACAUGCUGGACGAGAUGUCGCGGCCACGCUCGCGCGGGGACAGCCGGAGGCGGCAGCGUUUCACGCCCCCCGUCGUGGUGCCGCGCUUCGUGCCCUUCAUCGCCCCGCGCUACUUGCCGCCGCCUCCGCCGCCGCCUCCGCCGCCUCCGCCGCCUCCGCCCGGCACCGCCGCGCCGCGCUUGGAGCCGAUCCACAUCUACCAGCAGGCUCCCCCGCAGGCGCCUCGCAUUAUCCAGCAGCAGAUGCCGCAGCAGCCCACCACCAUCAUCCAGCAGAUGCCUCCACAGCCGCUGAUCCAGCAGGUCGCUGCGCCGGCCCCGCUACCUCCACUGCGCUCGGGCAACAUCAAAGAAGACAUGGUGGACCUCAUGAUGAUGCAGAACGCCCAGAUGCACCAGGUGGUCAUGCAGAACAUGAUGCUGAAGGCCAUGCCGGCACCAGCGCCGCCCCCGGCACGCGCCGUCCCACAGGACUCCUCGCCCGAGCAGCCGGGCGUUCACCAUCACCACUACGGUCCCCCGCAGCCGCCCCUGCCGCCCAUCGGCUUCCCCGGCUGGCCUCAGUCCGGCUUCCCGUAUGCCCACGGCUCUCCCUUCCCGACAGGCGGCUACCCGGGGCUUGGAGGAGGGCCCUACGGGACCGCGCCGUACCACCCCGGCUACCAGCAGCACGUGGUUGGUGGGGCCAUGCCACCGAUGAUGCCGGUCCAAACAAGUCACUGGGCUGAUCCCCCACCUGUCCUUAGCGUUGCCGCGGGCUCUGUGAAUGGGAGCCACGUCUCAGAAUACUGAUGGAGAGGUUUGCAUGUGUGCAGUGAUCACUCUUGGCUGGACUCCUGCAAUCAAUACGGUCACACACAUCUGCACAUCAUAUGGAUAUGGGUAUUAAUGCGUGCAUUGUACAAGCAGAAAUGUGCAGAAUUACCCGCACACUGUAUGUGUAUUUAACUCGCGAUGAGCUUGUUGUUUCAGUUAUCUGCGCAUUUGGCAGCAUCGGUUGCCCGAUGGUUAUUGAGGGAAGAGGGUGAACGAGGCGACGUGAGUCUAUGGUUCGUUGACAUUAGCCACGUGGUGUAACGUUAUUGCCCAUAGGUACAUCACCACGUGGGGUUUAUCGCAUGUGGUGUUACUGCAGUGCAUUGAUAAAACUAUGCCGUCGGUUACAGAAUGGCAUGGCAUGCCACAUGUGGAGUUUGAGUAUUUGCUAUUUCAUUGGAGUGGGUUUUUUUUUCCUAUUGCAUUCCCCAGUCGUCCAUUUGUUAAUGUUGUCGAUCCAAAACAAAAAAAAGGAGACUCUCUCCUGGUGUCGGCAGUUCUUGCCACCUGUGUAAGCGAAGUCAACUCGGGACUCGGAUCGCUUUGUUUAACCAUGCGCGCAGGGGCUCGGGUAACCUGCGGUUCCGGAGCGUCGUUCGCCCUCUUUGGGGGACUGCUUCACGACGUUCUUCACCAGUGAACCGCCGUCUCGAAUGCACCACAGUGCGUUGCGGGCUCUUGAAAUAUUGCAGGAGGUUUUUUUUUUGCUUUUGUUUCACCGAAUUCGAGCAAAAAAUAAAACGGCACUUCCUGUUACUUGGGGUUGCCGGCCCUGGCUCACGCAACGCGCCGCUCAGCAGGAAUCGGGCAAAUCACCAAAUGGAGGAAGCUCCUGCAAAGGAGCCUUGGGUCUCAAGUGAGGAUUUUCUUGGUUCGAUUAAAUGACGAUUCGUU